AUGUCUUGUCAAAGUAUUGCAAUGGAUGAAUUGAAGCAUGAUUUAGAUGUCAACCCAGACCAUGGUGCAAUCUGUAAUGGGAAUAUGACUGAUAUGGAUGUUGUGGUUGAAGCUGAAACCAAACUCAACGGGGAGAUCAAUGGUGAAGGCGUAAACGAUGUUUCUUUUAUUGUUCCUGGUGAUGCUGACAAGGAAAAUGAAACACCAGCAGAUGAAGAUAUUGUUAAUGGCAAGUCCAAUGGUGACAUGGGGACAAAAGCUUUGGACAAACACACUCACUCAGAAGUAUCAACCAAGAAACAAGGUAAGCCAAAACGUCGUUCUAGUUCUUCGUCCUCUUCAACCCACAAGAGACCAAAACCAAAGCCAACGGCAACCACAUCAACGUCAACAGUCUCAAUGCCAUCUUCAUCAAAGUCAGUUUUGUUUGGAUUAUUGUCUUACAACGACUACCAAACAAUAAGAGACCCUAUAGUGGCAUUUGAAACGUCACUUGCUACAACCAAGAAUUGGAUUACUUGGUUACGUUUAGAAUUGAUUGAACUUUGGUUUGAUUCCACCUGGGACCAAACUAAUGAUGACGAAGAGACUACAUUGAGGCAACAACAUCAACAUCAUAGAAAGCAGAGGAAUAAUACGAUAAGUCAAGUUAUUGGUGAAUGUGUCUUGAUUGGGUAUUCAUUGGCUGAUUUUGUGACUAGAUUUUGGGUGGUUUUCAUUGUUGCUGUGAUUAAAUUGUAUCUCCAUUUGGUACGUGGUGUUUUUGGUGUUGGUAUGAGCAGCAUCGGGUUAACCGGGUUACGCAGUGCUGGAGAACCAACAUCAUCAACUUGA